UUAACAAGGAUGCCGGAUUGUACCAUUAUAUAUACAUGGUGUCUAUAUUAAUUUCACUUUUUAAUACGUAAAAGUAAGCAUACUUUAAAUUAUUAUUAAUAACCUUAUUGUUAACGAGGAAGACAUUUUAGAAAUAAAAAUGUUCAUCUAGGCAAAUUGUUUUCCACUUUUCCCCGAAUUUGCAAAAAAAAUAUUAUUAUAUAACGAGACCAAUUUUCACUCAUUGCUAUAAAAUGAAACAGACCAGUGCAGCAAAGUAAACACUGCUCAAAGCGUGAGACAAUAGACUGUUAUUCUCCCAUUAGCAGCCCGGGUGUACGUUUGGGAAAAUUUGUCGGGGCAGUUGUAUCUACUACCGAAGACAUAGGGUAUAGCAGAAUUCUUUUUACUGUAGACAUAUCUACAACAAUGUCGUAUUGGGGCUACAUGUUUCAAGUGUUCAGUAGCCUACAGGUGAUAUUACUAGCCGUUCUGUGUGUCAUCGUGACACUUGUACUGUGUGGGCGGCCGAGAAAUCUGCCACCAGGACCGAGAGGACUGCCGAUUGUCGGUAACGCCAUAAACCUGAUCAAGCUUACCCACGUGCGAGCCUACGCCAAGUGGUCGAAGCAGCACGGCGACGUGUUUACCUACUAUUUCGGCCCCAGACGGGUCAUAGUACUGAAUGGUUACGCCGCCAUUCACGAAGCACUGGUGAGGAACGCCAAAGAUUUUUCCAGCCGUCCUCUUGGGGAAGCUUUCUUUAGUCCAGAUGGAAAAACUUUAGGAAUAGCCGAAGAACCUUAUGGCCCGAAGUGGAAGGAAUACCGAAAGUUCGCCAUGAUGAGCCUGCGUGACUUCUGAGUUGGAAAGAGAAGUCUGGAAGGGAAGAUUCUUCAAGAGGCACGAGCUCUUGGUGAAGAAAUCUCAAAAACAGGCGGACGACCAUUUUUUAUCGCCAAGAUGAUGCAGAAUGCUGUUUCAAACGUCAUCUGUUCAAUUGUGUUCGGCCGUCGUUAUGAGUAUGACGACAUGGCAUUUAAAAGUCUUCUCAAAGCAAUUAAUCGAGUUUUCUCUAAAGGCUUGUCUGAAUACUUGGCCCAUUUUUUCCCUGCUCUUGGAAUCCUUCCUUUUGUUCGUGAAAAAGAAAUACAGCAGGCUCAGGAUAAGAUCAUGAACCAUAUCAAAGAAAUGAUUAUGGAGCACGAAGAAACAUUCGACCCGAAUGACAUCGGAGAUUUUAUUGACGCAUUUCUUCUGGAGUCUAAAAGACGACAGGUAGACGAAGACUCUUCCUUCACUCAGCAGGAACAUGCCGCGAUCGUCUAUCAACUGCUCCUGGCAGGAACUGACACAACAUCUACCACCUUACGUUGGGCCCUGCUCUACAUGAUCCUCCAUCCGGACAUCCAGGAGAAAGUACAGCAGUAGAUAGAC